AUUGAUAAGUGGCUGAGCCGUUGGCCUGCACUUGUCAACAAUGCAACAAGGCAUGAAAUCGAGAACGUCAGUGAGUCGCAAAUCUGCGACGCUUUCGUCGAGUCGUCCCGCGACAUCAAUCCACCCUUCUACAAUUACAUGAAGUCUAGGGAAGCACAAGUCGAGAGUGACACAACCUUGAUUAGAGAUGUAGCGAAGGCGAUGGAGACAAUCUCGAGCGCAAUCAUCACUGCCCUCAACGAGAUCAAUCCCAAUCACGCUAGCCUUGGUGCCGUUACAAUCGUCAAUCCCAUUGACACAGACCCGGAGGAUACAGAUGAUGAAGCCUCUGUUCCGAUCGUGCAAAAGGCACGAAACAGGAUCAACAAGACUCUUCGAAGUUUCUCUGCAUUGAACCCAACACUCUCGGAUCAAAGAAUCACGAUAGGCUUUUGUAUUAAACAGUACAGGACCAUGGCUCCACCGAAUGAGAAAUCCUCUAGAGCCAGAGCAGCGCAUGCUACUCUUCAAGGCAAGACUGUUGUCGAUGUCGAUUCUACGUCGUCAGCCGAUGAGGACUUUCGACCACGGAUAAAGAGACGCAAAAGAGCCGAUUCGACUCCGACCUUAACAAAUGCUCCAUCCAAACUUCGCGAUUGCGCUUGUGGCAUGGCACACAGAUAUACAGACUGUUACUACCUUAACCCC